AUGUCGGGCAAAUUGCAACCUGUCUCCUCGGUUGAAGUGGCACCCCUCUCUCGUGACGAAUUGUUGGCGCGCCUCAAGAAAAAGAACAUCUUUUCCAAAGUGGGCAAGGAAUCCCCGGAUGCCAAAAUGCAGGCAUUCAUCAAAGAAGCUGUCUUGGCCGAAUCGCAAGUCUUGCAGGAAUCCUACAAACAACAUCGGCGCAAGCAUUUGGAGUUUGUCAUGGCUGCCAGGCAAGCACGGAAUUUGAAUAUUGCGGAUUUGCAACAAGAGUUGGAACAGUUGGACGGGGGCGAAACUGAUGAGACCAAGAAAAUAGUAACAAAGGAGAAGAGACUGCUGCAAUGGCAGAGGGCGACAAGAAAACAGAAGAAAAGGAGAAUGAUGCACCUGCAGCCCCUGCCGAUGUCACCAAAGAGGAAGCUUCUGCAGCUGAGGGAUUAG